UCCACGCCAUCGUCCGGUCGUCGACUCAUCUCGCGCUUCACCUCACCCUUCAGCUCCAAGUCUCGAAGUUUCGCCGAGUACAGCAUCCAUGUCGACAAUCCGCAGAGGCAAUAUUCUCCGGGCGAGGUCGUGUCCGGAGUAUUCGAGCUGCGCGUGGUUAAGCCGACGCGCAUCACACAUAUCGUCAUCUCACUCCACGGCUACGUACAAGUCUUCAAGAACGCCAACGCCCCUCCUUCGCCCAACCACCGCGUGAGCAACGUACAAAUUGGCACAGGAAAAGGCAGCAAAUCGGGAGAGUAUUUUGGGAAUGGGUUCGCAACGUUGUUCGAGGACGAAUGUGUCUUAUGUGGCGAUGGUAGGUUGGGCGAAGGCAUAUACAAGUUUGCAUUCAAUCUCGAGUUUCCCGACCGGGAUCUCCCUAGUAGCAUAGAGUUUGAACGAGGCCAGAUCAGAUACCUAAUCACAGCAACAAUAACACGACCAGUGGCGAUUAACCCUAUUCUUCAGACCGAACAGAAAGUUUUAUUCCUGGAUCGUAUCGACAUCGCGACCAUCUAUCCUCCCAAAGCCAGGACCAUAACCCUCGAACCACUGUCGCGGAAGGCACGUUCCAAACAGCAGCCUCGGAAAGCCGUUGAAGGUUCUGAUCGAAAUGGGCGGAGUCUUGAUUCUCAAGAUCCUAGCAGCAAUCACGGCCAGAGCGAGACCUCAUCCUCGCGCAGUCUUAGACCAGAUGCCGACACGCCGAGGAGUCCUUCUUUGAGCGAGUUCAGCUUUGAUAGUGCAAGCUAUGGGCCAGGGACCAAUGAGUCUAACGGGAUGACUGCGCGACAGAGCGAUGCUUCGCGGACGAACGGCAGCACGAACUCCUUCCUCGGCAAGACGAUUACAGCAACUGUAGAGCCGCUCGUAGGAGGCUGCCUUCGGCAUGAUAGCGUGCCCGUCCGCGUUUUCGUCAAUCACACCAAAUUCGUCCAAAGUCUGUACGGCGUCAUUAUUACUCUCUAUCGACAGGCUCGUGUCGACAUGCAUCCCGCGAUUCCUUUGGGACCAACAGAAAAAGGCAAAGAAGGCAAAUUUGAGGACUACUAUCCCAAGUCAAUAACGGGCCUCGGCGGACUAUCACUGUCCGGCGCCGGCUCAAGUCACGUAUUUCGCAAAGAUCUGUCUCAAGUCAUGUUACCUCUCGUUGUUAAUCCAGGUUCGCUAACGGCCGAGGUCAAUGGUAAAGUUCACAUUCCGGACGAUGUGUUUCCGACAAUUUCCAACGUACCUGGUGCCAUGAUCGGAUUCCGAUACUAUGUGGAAGUCUUGGUCGAUAUUCAAGGACGGCUUGCCACCCAAGAUCGGAAUUUAGCCAACUGGGGAGGUCUAGCCAGCACCAGCAACCAUGGCACUAAUUCUACCAUUGUCGAUGGUGAGCGAUCGACAUCUGGAUUCGGCGGCUCAGCGAUCGUGGACACAGCACGUUUGCGGCGCGACAAAGGAGUCAUUUCCUCUACUUUCGAAAUCAUCGUCGGGACUAUAGACAGCGAAAGACACAAAGGCAAACGGAAAAUGGAGAAAAGUGCUGUUCUCUCACAGUCCUCGCCUCAAAGAGCCCAACCCUCGCCGCCACAGCCAUACUCAUCUCAGACAGCUCCUCCUCCCGAGAUGCUUGAUGUACCGCAAGCUGGGGAAGUGUGGUACGGUAAUGAAGGAGAAUACGGCCAACAAGAACCUGGCUACGGAUAUGACGAUCCUCACGAGCCACCGGUGCCGAUGCCUAGGACAGAUGAUGAAACCGGACUAUCCGAAAAAGAGCGCAUGCGUCGGGCCGAAGCUCGUUUGUUGCCCAGCCAGGCGCCGGGGAUGGAGGUUCCC